AUGUUCAGGAUCACCCAGGCAUCUAGGAGGGUCUACCCCGCCUCCAAGGUGACCUCGUUGCGCAUAACUGCGCUGCUCGCCGUCCCUGCGAACACGCGAAGAUACAGCAUACGAUCCAGCCCCCCGGAAAAGACGAAGGUAUGGGACUCGGCGGAAGAUGCAGUCAAGGAUAUUAAGUCGGGCACAACCCUGCUGGUUGGUGGAUUUGGUUGGGCUGGAAUUCCAGAUACACUGCUUGAAGCACUCGCCAAGCGGAAAGAUGAGGUCGGGGAACUCACUGGAGUCUCUAACAACUCCGGAGGCGGCGAUUUGGGACUUGACAAGCUGAUUAACACCGGCCAACUGUCUAGGAUCAUCGCAUCCUACCCCGGAAGCAACAAAAACUUUGAAACCAGAUAUCUCGCUGGCCAAAUCACCCUAGAACUCGUCCCACAAGGUACACUAGCCGAACGCAUGCGAGCACAUGCGGCAGGUAUCCCUGCCUUCUUCACCCCAACCGGAGCAAACACUGCUGUAGAAGAGGGUUCCAUCCCUCAGAGAUACAACGAAGGAGGAGCAGUGAACGGUAUCGCGAUUCCAGGCAUUCCGAAGGAGGCCAGGGUGAUCAACGGUAAACGCUACGUUUUGGAACCUGCGCUUCCUGGAGAUGUCGCGUUCAUCCGCGCCUGGAAGGCGGAUGAAGUUGGUAACUGUGUCUUCCGUUAUGCGUCCAACAAUUUCAACACGGUCAUGGCAAAGAACGCGAAACUUACCAUUGUCGAGGCUGAAAGCAUUGUCCCCACCGGCUCCCUGUCCCCCAAUGCAGUCCACCUCCCAGGCAUCUACGUUGACCGCAUCGUCCCCGCCACCGUCGAGAAGCGUAUCGAGAUCUACACCCUUGCGAAGAACGGCGACACCUCCGCCGAACCGCUCUCGCCGGCCGUCGCUCAACGACAUCGGAUAGCACGCCGCGCAGCGAAAGAGAUCAAGGAUGGGUUCUACGUCAACUUGGGCAUUGGCAUGCCGACGCUUGUGCCAGAGUAUCUCGAGCCUGGUGUGAAGGUGUGGCUGCAAAGUGAGAACGGUAUUUUAGGCAUGGGUCCGUACCCAACGGAGAAACAGGCCGAUGCUGACUUGAUCAAUGCUGGAAAAGAAACCGUUACACUUCUUCCAGGAGCCUCUGUCUUCGAUUCCAGUGAAUCUUUCGCCAUGAUUCGCGGAGGGCACGUCGACGUCGCCAUCCUCGGUGCCAUGGAAGUCUCCAAAGCCGGCGACAUCGCCAACUUCAUGAUCCCCGGCAAGCUGCUUAAAGGCAUCGGCGGUGCGAUGGACCUCGUCUCCAACCCGGACAAGACCAAAGUCAUCGCCGUCAUGGAGCACUGCUCGAAGAACGGCAAGUCCAAGAUCCUGAACAAGUGCUCGUUGCCGCUCACUGGUGCCCGGGCGGUGAGCACGAUCAUCACUGAGCUUGCGGUGUUUGAUGUCAAUCGCGCGGAGGGGACGAUGGAGCUCAUUGAUUUGGCGGAGGGCGUUACAUUGGAUGAAGUCAAAGCGAAGACAGAUGCUAAGUUUACGGCCAGGAGCCAUUUGGGCACGUUCUGA